CUGUCCAUCUUGUGAUUUCAAAACCGGAAACCCAGUUGACUACAGGAAACACAGAGAAGAACACCGGAACAAAUCAGGAAACGAGAAUACGGAGAGAGACAACACCAGUGCGCCAUCAGAGGACAAUGAUGAAGAGAGAGAUAAUCGUGAGAAACAGGAGGACAAUAAUGAAUGGAAUGCCAAUGUAACGUACUUUCCAUGUUUGGAGUGUGACACGUAUUUGAUUUCAAGCCGGCAGAAACUUUUGGAACACAGAACUGAGAAACACGGAUACAAGGUUGGCGGAACGGGGGUUGAAGAUUCUGGAGAGAAAGUGGGCAAUAAGACGAGGGAAGCAGAUGGAGGUGACAAGCAAAAUGAGAACAUUGAACCGAGGGAAAGCAUUGGAGAAACUGUUGGAAAUAAUGAAAGUAGUAAAAAUGAUGUUAAUGAUUGUAGAAUCAGUAGAAAUGAUGAACAGAAAGGUGGAAACGGUGAAAAUGGAAGUAUUAAAAUGGAAGUUGACAGUGCUCAAAAAAACGAUGACACCACUGGAGAAACAAGUAAAUCAGUAACCAAAGCACCAUCAGUUGUCUCAGUAUAUACCACUGAAGAAGAGCUUCCUAUGCCUAAGCUCAAGGCCAAAAAACAACUGUCAUCAAAGGAGGGAUCUGCACGCAGAACCCUCAGCCGAUCCAAAUCAAGAGACUUGGAUGAAGUUGAUAGUUCCACUGACUCUGACACAUCAAGCCAAGGUGUGAAUAUUCGUAGACGAAAGAAAUUCAAGUCUGCCCAAAUCGUUAGUACUGAUGAAAGUGAUGAUGCCAGAGGUAAUGUGCCAAAUCAGGGAGAUAAGGAAGAGCAUGAGGGUUCCGAGAAGAACCGAGAAUCUGAUGAGAUCUUGUCACUGAUCAACCACCAGAUGGAGACACUGAUCACAGUUGCAAGAAGGCUGAUGCGGAAAGUGGGGAAACUGCUGAAAAACUCGUAG